AUGAGGGUACUAUCUCUGUUAUUCAUCCUGUCCAUAUUCCGAUUGUCUAAUUGUGGAGGUGAAGAUGAAAACGGGACUAAACAGGGUGGUAUUACUCUCGAUAUAUUUGCUACAGAUGAAUCAAAAAUAGAAAAGAAUGAGGGCUUGGACAAAGGGGUAAGGUAUAGUGAGUAUAUUCCAAGAGAUGGCUUUCACAUAGUCUCAGUUGAGGACAAUGGUCAAUCAAUUUGGAGAGCUGAAUACGGCGAACGCUUUAUCCUUGCACAAUCAUUCAAAAGCAAAGAAGAUACUCUUAUUGCUGUAAUUGUCCAUUCAGGUGAUAGGAACGUAGCAAGGUGUUUCAAGAAGACAAAGGGGUUGUGGGAAGGCAUUACAAGAUUUGAGUACGACGAGAUACUCGAUGCUAUAAUGGCAAAAUCUGAGGGUGAAUCUCGAGAAUGUGCACUUGAAAACGAAAAGUUAGAACCGGAAAUACCAUCUUAUUCUCCAAUAGACAGGGAAGAAGCAGUCUCUAGAGACUAUAGCACAUUCAUUCAGGAAAUCGCCCCUCCACCCCCUAGACGAAAUAGACGUUACCAGAUUCCUUUCUAUCACGAUAACAUAGGAUAUUCCCAUUUUAGAAGCUACAUGGAUAUAGUGCCCAUGCUUUUCGCUUCUCAUUUCAUGCGUCCUCCGCCCCUACGAAUGGGAGUGACCAUGAACAUUUUAAAUCCGGACUGGAAGUUUUUUGAAGUUGAGGGUAAGCGGGAGGGAUACGGAUCAUAUUCCGGAAUGAUGUGCCCACUUGAUAAGUAUUAUGUGAAAAGGAUUAUUUAUGGAAACGAGCUAAUCUGGAAAAGACAUGACGGCUGGGAAUGUACGCAUGUAUCGAUACAUACGAGUAAAACGAGGGAGCUCCUGAUCAUUGGGUUCAGAAUGAUGAGGAACGUAGACUGCAAAUCUAUACUGAGAUGCCAAGGCGGUAAAUGGCAGGAUGUUAGCAGACUGAACACUUGUGAUAUAAUCUUUGACAUGCACAAGGAAACCCUCAAAGAGAUGGAGGGUAAAAGGUCUAAUGGGCUCUUGGAACAAUUCUUGAAAUUCGUUUCAAAACAAGGGCAAAAAUCAGACAUUGAGGGAGUGAGCCAUCUAGAACUUAAGAAACCGUACAGUGUGGAGGAACUGGCAAGGUUAAGGGAGGGUGAAUUUACAUCUCCCGUAGAUAAAUGCAAUGGAAAGAAGAUGUUGCAAAAGGCCAGAGUGAUCUCCAUCUUACGAGGCAGAGAAACACAGGCCGAAAGGGCAGUUUACAGGGGAUACUGUCAAGUGCUGGACUCAACCUUUAGGCUCCUGAGGAUGCUCUUGCGUCGCUAG